AUGGAAUUCCUGAGCUCAGUCCAUCUUCCUCCGAAAAACACACCGGAGUCCAUCAGGAAUAGAAAUAGCCCGAAAGGAUGGCUAAAUGUGUCUUUGAUGGAAGAAACAAACCUUUUACUAACUCAAGGAAGAAUUGGCGUUACAUCUGGAUUUUUAAAAAAGCUGUUAGAUGUGGAGUGUCUCUUUGUGUAUGGCGAGUCUUUGGUCAGAAUUGAUGAUAUCGAUCGGGAUUUUUGA